AGGAAAGCAAAGAUAGGGUGAAACAUCAGAAGAGAAGGAAACAAAAUCGUGGAAAAGGAAUAAAGGUGUGACAGACACAGCAAUUAGUCUAAUGCUCAUUGGGAUGACUGGUCUUCAUCAGGCGAGUGACUUCGAUUGCAAUACAGACUCAAGAGACAGAAGCUCACAGUAUCAAAGGCAUUUUAGACCGACAAGGUGGAUUUCAGACUGCAUAGAGCUACCAGGAACAUAUGAACUGACAAAAGGCUCUCCAUCGUGGAGCACAGAAAGGAGCAAAGCAGACCAAAAAGAGGGAAGUUCAGAAAAAGACCUCUCUAAGGACCGGCAGUCAGUUUGCGUUACAGAGGCCUAGCAUGAAUAUUAACUGUGCCAGUGGGACUGACCAGUCAAGAAAUCAAGAGUCCAAUCACCCUGCAGAAAAUAUAACGCCUCCAGUCCAUGAUCCAGAAGAAGAUAGCCUGGCCCGAGGCAGCCAAACCCCUAGCAUUUCUGCAGUGCCCAGGAAUGAUGAUACCGAAUUCAGAUACGCUUCUCGCCCAGCAACUUCCCAAUUCAGUAACAUGCUACCCACCCCUGCAGAUACAACUGGCACUAAUCCCAAAGCUGGGAGUAAAAGACAUCUAGACCAUUUUAUUGCUCAAGAACGAAAUGGAAGCAGCGCUAUGGGCUCCACCAGUAGUUCACAAUCCCAGGCCCCAGAGAAAGUGACUCUUGUUGUAGAUGGCACUCGAUUUGUGGUGAAUCCGCAGAUUUUCACCGCUCAUCCUGACACCAUGCUGGGAAGAAUGUUUGGAGCAGGUAGAGAAUAUAAUUUCACUCGGCCAAAUGAAAAGGGAGAAUAUGAAAUUGCAGAAGGAAUUAGCUCCACUGUAUUUCACACAGUGCUGGAUUAUUACAAAACUGGAAUCAUUAACUGCCCGGAUGGAAUUUCUAUCCCUGAUCUCAGAGAUACGUGCGAUUACCUCUGUAUCAACUUUGAUUUCAACACAAUCAAAUGUCAAGACCUAAGUGCUUUGUUGCAUGAACUCUCUAAUGAUGGAGCUCACAAGCAGUUUGAUAACUACCUGGAAGAGCUUAUUCUGCCCAUAAUGGUGGGCAGUGCCAGGAAAGGAGAACGUGAAUGCCACAUUGUAGUAUUAACAGAUGAAGACACAGUGGACUGGGACGAAGACCAUCCACCUCCAAUGGGAGAGGAAUACUCACAAAUUCUUUACAGUUCCAAGCUGUACAGAUUCUUCAAGUACAUCGAGAACCGCGAUGUUGCAAAAACUGUCUUAAAGGAGCGUGGGCUGAAAAAUAUUCGAAUUGGCAUUGAAGGUUAUCCCACAUGUAAAGAGAAGGUCAAGAGGAGACCCGGAGGGCGGUCAGAAGUUAUAUACAACUAUGUGCAACGGCCGUUCAUCCAGAUGUCUUGGGAAAAGGAAGAAGGAAAGAGCCGUCACGUCGACUUCCAGUGUGUUAGAAGCAAAUCUCUAACAAACCUGGUGGCAGUAGGCGAGGAUGUUUCAGAAGACCAGGAACUUCUGAUGCAUCAUCCACCCCAGGUAGACGAACUCGAUAGGUUAAAUGCACCAUUCUCACAAAUGGCUCCUAACGAUCUGCCGGAUUAGUACGGACUAAGCGGUCUGCGGCUUUCCUGUGUUGGGAAAUUUCUCAGCAUCGUUUCAUCCCAGGACAUGGGACACGCUCUCUUGCAAGGUGUUUUAUCCUUGUAGUCGCUCUUAUUAUAGUGGAAUAUUUCAAGCAUGUUAAUAAUGAGCUCUGGUCCCUAAAUCUAACGGUGCAAUUGCAAGCACAGUCUCCUUGAGAAGGAAGGGAUGGAAGCUCUUCGCAGCCGGAGGCUUUGAGAUUUCCCCAGGUGCCUGUGCCCACGUGGACUGGUGGUGGUUGAGCUUUACCUGAACCUGUGAAAGAACAGAAGUGUUUUAAAAAAAAUUGUUGUUCAGCGUGAGAAGGGGAAUUCCAUGAAUAUUAGCAUCAAAAGAGA